UGACGUAACGAGUUAUUAGUUUAUGACCCUUUCAAUUCUCAAUUCUUCCACCACCACCAUUUAUAUUAAUUCCACACCCUCUCUUCCAACCUCCCAUAACCACAAACAACCCACAACCAUUUACUAAGAUCAUCAUCAUGCAUCAAGCAAUUCCCUAUAGAUCAUGGCGCCAUCUCCAUAACCCCACCACCCACUUCACCCCACUCCCAUUAAUUACUCAUUCCCACAACGAUGAUGAUAAGAAGACCAAGAAUAUUAUUGUUAACAACAAUAAUACUAUUAAUAUUCAUUCUUCUUCAGUUCUUGUUUCACCAAAAGAGAAGGAGGGGAUGAAAAUGGUGCUCAACAUGGUUUCUGAGAACGCCGUUAUAGUGAUUGCGAGAAGAGGGUGUUGCAUGAGCCACGUGGUGAAGCGUUUGCUUCUUGGUCUUGGUGUUAACCCUGCGGUUUAUGAGGUAGAGGAGAAAGAUGAAGAGGGUGUUGCCACGCAACUGGAAGCAACAAUUCGUAGUGAUGAUGGGAACACACAACAGGGGAAGGUGCAGUUUCCUACGGUUUUUAUAGGGGGUAAGUUGUUUGGAGGAUUGGAUAGGAUCAUGGCUACUCAUAUCUCUGGGGAAUUGGUUCCUAUCCUCAAAAAAGCUGGGGCUUUAUGGCUAUGAUGACUUGAUCUUGAUACCCCUUUGUUAUUCUUUAGUUUUGUGACAUUAUAUUAUAUUGCUUUUUUUUUUAAUCUAAUUUUUCAUUUUUAUUCCUUGAUAGCUAGUUAUUAGCUUGACCGUUAUAUGUUGUCUGAUUAAUCUUCUUCUUUGUAAUUUUCCCAAGUGUUGAUUAAGAAUCACUUUCUCGAGCCUUCAAUUUGGCUGCCUAUUUCGAUGACA